AUGGCGGCAGGCACAGUCUACAGUGUCCCUCUGUUCCUUGCUACUGUCUCUUCCUUAACAAACAAAAAUCCUCAACGUAUUCACUCCAUCUUCAACCUUUCCCCUCCAAUUUCAGCUAUCAAGCAAAACCCUCCUUCCAUUAGAAUCCCCUGGUCAAGAUAUUCUGGUGCUGCAGUGGUAGCACCAAGGCUUGCCCGUCGAGUAUUUAGAGUGAAUGUGUUGGUGGAUGAUGAUUCUGUGACAGCUCCAGAACCAGAAUCAGACAGUUCUGAAGCUGGUGCUAGUAUUGACUUAUGUCUUCCAAGAAGAAGUUUGCUCGUACAAUUUACAUGUAACUUGUGUGGAGAAAGAACAAAGAGGCUUGUAAACCGAUUAGCAUAUGAAAGGGGUGCUAUUUUUGUACAGUGUGCAGGAUGUCUACGGCAUCACAAACUAGUUGACAAUCUCGGACUUGUCACGGAGCAUGACUUUCGGGAGAAAAUGAACAUGGACUCAGAAAUUGAUCAAGUUUGAUGUGAUAACUCAAACCAUAAACAUUUAUAUGUGACUUUUCCUGAUUAUUUCCAUAAUUCAAAAAUUCAUAUCCAUUAAUAUUUCUGAACAAAAAUCACGUCAAGAAUAAAAGAAAGAGAGAAAAAAAUCGUAGGUAUAGACUC